CGGUAUCUUACCCUUCUUCUCUUUCCUUCUCAUCUCAUUUUCUUUCUCCCUUGAAAUCGACUUGUCGGAGACUCGGCCGAUCCUGUCCGGACAUUGAACUGUCUCGACUCUUGUAAGUCUGAAAGGGUGAAACGAUGAGCGGAGAAGGGAAGGUGGUCUGUGUAACUGGAGCUUCGGGUUACAUCGCCUCCUGGCUGGUGAAGUUACUGCUUCAACGUGGAUACACUGUGAAAGCUUCGGUGCGUGACCCAAAUGAUGCCAAGAAGACCCAACAUUUGCUUGCACUUGAUGGGGCCAAGGAAAGACUGAAGCUGUUCAAGGCUAAUUUGCUGGAUGAAGGUUCGUUUGAUCCUAUUGUUGAGGAAUGCGAAUGUGUUUUCCACACAGCAUCCCCAUUUUAUUUCAAUGUGACUGAUCCCCAGGUUGAACUUGUUGACCCUGCUGUGAAGGGAACUCUUAAUGUGCUCAGAUCAUGUAUGAAAGUCCCGUCCAUCAAGAGAGUGGUCAUCACCUCAUCCAUGGCAGCAGUUGUGUUCAAUGGCAGAACUCUCGCUCCUGAUGUGGUUGUUGAUGAGACUUGGUUUUCAGAUGCCGAGUUUUGUGAAAAAUCAAAGCUGUGGUACAUGCUCUCCAAAACAUUGGCUGAAGAACUAGCUUGGAAGUUCACAAAAGAGGUUGGAUUUGACAUGGUUUCAUUAAAUCCGGGUUUGGUAAUCGGUCCUCUCUUACAACCCACUCUGAACACAAGUGCAGAGUCAAUUCUCAACCUUGUGAAGGGGUCAGAGAAGUAUCCAAAUACAACCUACCGGUGGGUUGAUGUUAGAGAUGUUGCAUAUGCACAUAUUUGCGCGCUUGAGAAUCCCUCGGCUAGUGGGAGAUACUGUUUAGUUGGAGCAGUUGUUCACUCUUCCGAAGUUGUGGCGACUUUACAUGGGCUUUUCCCAGACCUUAAGAUCCCUCAAGAAUGCGCAGAUGACAAGCCUCCAAUGCCGAAAUAUCAGGUUUCUAAACAGAGAGUCGAAGCCCUAGGUAUCAAAUACACUCCUCUUGAGGUUAGCAUAAAAGAUACAGUCGAAAGCUUGAAGGAGAAAAAGUUCUUUUGAUGUGCUUUAGAUGCAGCCUGGCAAAUAACCUUGGGAAUGAGUUCUAUUAUGGUGGCCUCCAUCCAAUUCCAAGGGUCUUUCUUUCUUUCUUUCUGUUGUUAUGCUUUGGAUGCUUUUUGAUGAACAACUGAAACAAUCUGUACCUGUAUGCAAACUGUAGUCGACUUGUAUGAACCAUGGUCCAUGAAACCGUACCGGAGACCGUAUCGGAAAAGUCAUCGGUAGGGUAUUUUAUGGUAAAACCGUGGUCUUAUCGUAGUUCAACCGUUGUACCGUUAAAUACCGUCUACCGGUUUAGCCUCCUGAUACUGGUAUUUCAUGGUUGAACCGUCGGUACGGUACGGUUUCAUGGACCAUGGUAUGAACUAAUUGGUAGUCCCUGUUGGUCUGAAUAUUAAGGGAUCAGUAUAUAUUGUGAAAGACGUAUGAGUAUUUAGGGUUUCAAAUAGAAUGGCUAAAUUACA